AGUUCCCGCCAGAUUCUUGUUUCGUUUCCAAUCGCCACUGCUGGCUCCUCCUCCCAAGGCCUUUUGCCGAAGCCGAGUCUUCUCUCUCUGGGGAGCCGAGAGAGCCAGCCAUGGCCAAGCGGCGCGAAAAGGCGAUGGGAGCAGCUUCGGAGGCGGAAGCCGCCGCCCCCAGGGUCUCGGCGCCGCGUGUGAAGGGCGCCCCGACCGCGCCUAGAGAGUCCUCGGCCGUCCCUGAGGCCGCCCGGCCCGGCGCGCGGAGGUGCGGCCCCGCCAGGCCGUCGGGAUCCCGGAGGGAGAAGGGCGGCCCGGGCCCCCAGGAGAAGCGGCAGGUACGCGCGCGGGCUGCCCGAGCCGAGGACCUGACGGAGGGUCCGGCUGCUCGGACCGAAGGGGUGAUGCCUCCCGCGGCCCCGGGGCCGCCCCUUCCCAGGCCUGCAUCUCGCCGCGAGAGCACCGCGCGCUCCGCUCGGGAGCGGAGACCCCAGCCCGGGCCCACGGAGGUCCCCGGCCCGCUGGUCCCAGUCCCCAGUCUCGGGCGGGGGAAGGAGGCGCCCGGCGCCUGGAAGCUCCGGGCGGUACUGGAGAAGUUGAGGCUGAGCCGCCAGGAAAUCUCUGCGGCGGCGGAGGUGGUGAACAGGCUCACGGACCACCUGCUGCGGAGACUGCAGAGCCGUGAGUCCGAGUUCAAAGGCGUCGCGCUACUGCGCACCGGGAGCUACUACGAGCGCGUGAAGAUUUCUGCUCCUAAUGAAUUUGACGUUAUGUUCAAACUGGACGACCCCCGAAUUCAGCUAGAAGAAUAUGACAACAGUGGUGCUCAUUACUUUGUGAAGUUCAAAAGGAAUCCCAGAGGAAAUCCUCUGGGUCAGUUCUUAGAAGGGGAAAUAUUAUCAGCUUCUAAGAUGCUGUCCAAGUUUAGGAAAAUCAUUAAGGAAGAAAUUAAAAAUAUUGAAGAUACAGAUGUCGUGGUGGAGCGGAAGAGAAGAGGAAGCCCUGCAGUAACACUUCUGAUUAGAAAACCUAAAGAAAUAUCUGUGGAUAUAAUCCUGGCUUUGGAAUCUAAAAGCAGCUGGCCUACUAGCACCCAGGGAGGCCUGCCCAUCAGUAACUGGCUUGGAGCAAAAGUUAGGUACAGUUUAAGACGACAGCCAUUUUACCUCGUACCCAAGCAUGCAAAGGAAGGAAGUGGUUUUCAAGAAGAAACAUGGCGUCUGUCCUUCUCUCACAUUGAAAAGGAAAUUUUGAAAAAUCACGGACAAUCUAAAACAUGCUGUGAAACUGAAGGAGUGAAAUGUUGCAGGAAAGACUGUUUAAAACUAAUGAAAUAUCUUUUAGAACAACUGAAAAAAAAGUUUGGAAACCGAAAGGAACUGGGUAAGUUCUGUUCUUAUCAUGUGAAAACUGCCUUCUUUCACGUCUGUACCCAGGACCCAGAUGACAGUCAGUGGCACCCCAAAGAUUUGGAGCUCUGCUUUGAUAACUGUGUGACAUACUUUCUUCAGUGCCUCAAGACAGAACAACUUGAGCAUUAUUUCAUUCCUGAAGUCAAUCUCUUCUCUCGAGACCAUAUUGACAAGCUAAGUAAAGAAUUUCUGUCAAAGAAAAUUGAAUAUGAAAGAAACAAUGGAUUUCCAGUUUUUGAUGAAUUUUGAAAUUAUAUUUUUAAAAAGAAUCAAGAAUUAGAGUGACUUUAUAAUCACUGAAAUGCAUCACAGCAAUGAUUGACUAAAAUGAAUGUAAAUGAUUAUUCAGCUUUCCGUUUCUCUUCAUAAACUCUAAUCAACAUAAAAGGAUGGAUUAUCCUAGGAAACAGAUUUUUCAAGGAAUAAGAAGCAAAGGAGUAUUUAAAAUAUAAAAGCUUUACCAGAGUGGCAUGAAAAGAAGGACAAAAUACAUAUCACCUCAAUUAAAUUCAUCAAGCACUGACUGAACACCACUUCUCACCUAGCACAGAUGUGUGGAAGGAGGCAAGGUCAUUGCCUCCACGAACUGGUAGGUUUUGUUUAACAUACAAAUAUGUUUGGAAGCCAUGUCCUGUCCUAUGUGUUAGGAUAGGUAAGAAGGAAAUGAAAAAAUAGGUUCUGUGUGUCCCAGGAAAUUCUUAAUCUUUCAUAGAAAAAUAUAGGAUACUUUUCUACACAUGGCUAAAUAUAAAACAUAACUUACUUUCUUUUAUUUUAAGUGAUACUUUUAUAUGUAUUUCUGAAAAGGCAAUACACACAUGGUACAAAACUCAAAGAAAAGGGUACGGAAUAAAAUGCCAUCCUCUCUCCUCUGCACUUAGGCAGCAUUCAACUUGAGGCAGUUGCUGUCUGUUAACUUUUUCCUAUUCAGAUAUUUUGCACAUUUUCUUACUGGCUUUUUCAAUUGUUUUCUCAUUGUCAUUUUAUUCUGUUGUCAUUCUCAUAUCACAAAUAACUUCUGUGUAGACUGUCUAUACCAAUUUUUGUGUCUUCUAGUGAGAAAGGUUUUAAAAUUUAAAUUUUGAAUGUAUCAGUCUUCUUUAUGCUUGUGCAUUUUAUGUAUCUUCAGCAACCUAAUGUGUUUGAACGUACUAAAAGUUGGACAUUUGGAGGAGAGUUUUGGGGACAGUGUAUGAUAAAUAAAUAGAAACUUAGGCAAACAAAAAAAUCCAAGCUACUUUUAACUCCAGGAAAAAAUGUGUGCAAGAAAACUAAUCAUAGUCUAAUUUGAGAAUAUUACUCAACUGUAAGUAUUUGUGAAGUCAAAGUAAUAUUAUAACUAUUGACUAUUAACCUUAUCAGGAUUAUGAUUAGUUAUAUAGAGAGGAUAGGGCCUGAGUGCUUGUGAGUGACGGUGGUAGAGGGGGUUGGACUAUAUUAGUUUCCUACUGCUGUAUAACAACUUACCACAAACUUCGUGGCUUCAAACAGUACACAUUUAUUAUCUCCGUUUCUGUGGAUCAGGAUUCUGGGCAUGGUUCUACACAGGGUCUCACAGGGCUUCAGUCAAGGUGUCAUUUGGGGCUGCAGUCUUAUCUGAGGCUUGACUGGAAAAAGAUCCACUUUUAUUGGCAGUAUUCAGUUUCUUACAGUUUUAAGGCUGAGAACUUCAGUUACUGUUGGCCAGAGAUUGCCCUCAGCUGCUAGAAACUGCCUUCAGUUCCCUGCCAUGUAAACUCCCAGCAUUGGCAGCCCAUAACAUGGCAGCACUUCAAAGCUGGGAGACAGGGAGAGACUCCAGCAAGAGGGUGCAACAGUCUUAUUUAACAUAAUUACAUACACAUGAUCAUGUACAUCCCAUAACCUUUACCAUAUAAUUGGUUGGAAGCAAGUUAUUGGUCCCACCAUGCUCAAGGGGAGGGGAAUCACUUAAGAGUGUUAUAUCAGUUUAAACAACUGUAUAGGGACUUCCCUGGUAGCGCAGUGGUUAAGAAUCCACCUGCCAAUGCAGAGGACAUGCGUUCGAGCCCUGGUCCGGGAAGAUCCUACAUGCCGCGGAGCAACUAAGCCCUUGUGCCACAACUACUGAGCCUGCGCUCUAGAGCCCGCGAGCCACAGCUGCUGAGCCCAUGUGCUGCAACUACUGAAGCCCACGCGCCUAGAGCCAGUGCUCUGCAACAAGAGAAGCCACCACAAUGAGAAGCCCACGCACUGUAACGAAGAGUAGCCUUCUCUCGCCACAACUAGAGAAAGCCUGUGCACAGCAACAAAGACCCAACACAGCCAAAAAUAAAUAUAAAAUUAAUUAAUUAAAAAAACAGAAACAAAAAAAACAACUGUAUAGUUGGGGGAAAACACUACGCACAAGACUACUCUCACUUCUGACAUCAGUUGCAGUUUCAGGAGAUUCUCCAAAUCAUUCUCAGGUUUGAUAAUUCACUAGAAAGACAGAACUCAACUGAAACCAGUAUAUUCAUGGUUACAGUUUAUUACAGGGUAGGGAUAUAGGUUAAAAUUAGCUAAGGGAAAAAGCACAUAAAGCAGAGUCCAUGAGGGUACCAAACACAGGCGUUCUAUUCUUUUUUCCCUGGGGAGCCAUGGAUACGUUUUAUCUCUUGGCAUCAACGUAUAACAAUACACAUGGAAUAUUGCCGACCAGGGAAGCUCACCUAAGCUGCAAUGUUCACAGAUUUUAUUGGAGCUCAGUGGUUGGCUUGAUUUAAUGCUGUUUUUCAGUUUUGGUAUCAGUUAUCUUAGCUUUAUGAGUUGAAGAGUUUUUCAACUUUUCAUCUUUUAUUUCCAGAGGGUAUGCCAGAUUUACCCUCUUGAAAGCCCUGAUUACUUUUCCUGUUUCUUAUGUUUUAUCUAUUCAGCUUAACUACCUGAGUUAAUUUUACUAAUUUAGGAAAAUAUAGUCACACUUGUGAAUUCAUAUGUGACAUACAGUGUUUUUACUAAAGAAUCAGCUGUUGGUUUUCACUGAACACUGUAUUUUCUAAUUUGUUAAUUUCUGCUUUUACCUUUCUUCCUUUCUUUUCUCCUGUCAGUAAUACCAGGAAAUUAUUAGUGCAUAAAUGAAUAAUGUAGGAUUAGGUGAUGAGGGCCUAACUAACUAUACACUAAUAUAAAUACUGAAUGUUAAUAUGAGUAAUUAUCAUAUAGGGAACAGAAGACAGAAAACUAUAAGGGGAGGUAGGGGAACAUGAUUAGUCAAAGCAGCUUUCAUGGAAAUCAGUUUACCUAGGAUUUAUUUUAGCGUGGAGCGCUAUGCUAAAAUGUAAGAAACAGCUGUUGUGUACUUUUGUGCCAUGAAAUCCUUUUAGUGUUUCAUUUCAAAGCAGGUUAAGUAUAAGAAAAGUACCAAGGACUUCCCUGGUAGUCCGGUGGUUAAGAAUCUGCCUUCCAAUGCAGGGGAUGCGGGUUCAAUCCCUGGUCGGGGAACUGAGAUCCCACAUACAGGGCAACUGAGCCUGUACACCGCAACUACUGAGCCUGCAGGCCCUCAACUAGAGAGCCUGCAUGCCACAAGCUACAGAGCCCAUGCGCUCUGGAGCCCGCGCACCGCAACGAAAGGCCCUCAUGCUCUGGAGCCCAUGCCAUAACUAGAGAGAGGCCCGUGCACCACAACGAAGACCCUGCUCACCACAGGAGCCUGCAUGCCGCAACGAAGAUCGCAUGGGCCGCAACUGAGACCCGAUGCAGCCAAAAAUGAAUAAAUAAAAUAGAUAAAUAUUUUUGUUUAAGUACCAAAUAAAAUACUAUUUGAUAACCACAAAAUUUAAGGGCUAUUAAGACAUAUCAGCUUGUCUUUUAUCAUAGAAACAGAUUUACUGUGUUAGCAUCUUUUUCACUGCUAUGACAACAUCUGAACAAGCUUUAAAUGCUUUAAAGACUGACCUUAAUAUAGCAACAUUAUGAGACAAAAUUUAUUUUUAUUUCUUUAAAUAAAGAUAGUAAAAAGUGAACUUCUAAUGCUACAGUCCUUAAGAUCCAUACAAAAAUUUUCAACUCAAGGUUAUAUUUGAUUUUAUGAAAGUAUAAAAUACUGAAUUCUACACUUAAAAAAAAUUUUUAACAUCUUUAUUGGAGUAUAAUUGCUUUACAAUGGUGUGUUAGUUUCUGCUUUAUAAUAAAGUGAAUCAGCUAAAUAUACAUACAUAUAUCCCCACAUCUCCCUCUUGUGUCUGCCUCCCACCCUCCCUAUCCCAUCCCUCUAGGUGAUCACAAAGCACUGAGCUGAUCUUCCUGUGCUAUGGGGCUGCUUCCCACUAGCUAUCUAUCUUACAUUGGUAGUGUAUAUAUGUCCAUGCCACUCUCUCACUUUGUCCCAGCUUACCCUUCCACCUCCCCAUGUCCUCAAGCCCAUUCUCUAUGUCUACCUCUUUAUCCCUGCCCUGCAACUAGGUUCAUCAGUA